AUGGCAGAUAUUUCCUGCACUGAAGGAGUCUCCAAUGAGACAACUGGCAACGCCAGUUCCGAAUUCAGUUUGGAUGCAGACUUCCAGUACUCCUUGUUUCCUGUCAUCUACAGCAUCGUGUUUGUGCUGGGACUGAUGGAAAACAUCUUAGCUCUGUACCUCCUGUGCUGCAGAGUAAAGCACAUGUCUCAUUCCUACGUGUACAUGGUUAAUCUGGCUCUGGCAGACACCUUGUUUGUUUGUGUGUUGCCUUUUAAAAUCCAUUACCACCUGAAUGGGAACAACUGGAUCUUUGGGGACAUGUCUUGUAGGGUAACUGGGACUUUCUAUUACAUCAACAUCUACCUAAGCAUCGCCUUCUUCACCUGCAUUUGUAUCGAUCGUUACGUUGCGGUGCUGCACCCCUUCACAUACAUCCAGAUAAAAGUCACCCAUUACGUGCUGGUGGUCGCAGUUCUUUGGGUGGUCGCUCUAAGUAUCGCGGUUCCACUUAUCCUUGGAGGUCCCCUCCACAACUGUGGCAUGAGGAACACGACAGCGUGUUUUGAGAACUUCGCUGUGAGCAGCUGGACUUAUCGCAUGGCACCUUACAACAUCCUGGCCUUAGUUUUUGGGUUUGUGAUCCCAUUUUCCAUCAUUCUGAUCAGCUACCCUCUCAUUGCGAAGAGGAUCUCCCAGAUCAAACGCAGCGUUCGCAAGAGGAAGGCCCUGAGCACCAUCUACAUCAUCUUGGUCAUUUGUACGUUGUGCUUUCUCCCAUAUCAUCUCACACACCUCCUUCAUUUCUUAAUGAGAAUCCAGGUCAUCCAAAAUGAGUCGUUUACCAAACUGAUCUACAAAAUGCGAAGGGUCACCUUAGCCCUCGUGAGUUUCAACUGUUGCCUUAACCCACUGCUCUACUACUACACCUCCUCCAGCAAGCAGUGGCUCUGCAACUUCAGGCUCAGGUUCCGGUCUCAGGUGGUGUACACUGUCUGUGACCAGAAACUGGACAAAUUCUCCUACGUUUAUAAACUGCAGCAGAGGCCUGGAGAGAAGCAACACCCAGAUGGAAUCAACUGA